AUUAAUAAAAGCAUGCCUCACAAAUGAGGCUUUUAGGGAUAUUUAUAAUAAUCCUAAGCAUGUCAAGCACGUCUCUGAUUAUCCAACCGGUUAGUACUCUGACCGGUCUCUUAGCUAGAUUCCGAGAGCGGAAGCAAUAGCCUGACUUGCCGACCUUCCCAUCCUGACCGGUCAGACGGACCGGGUUGAAAGGUCCUGAGUUGUCAUUCCUGGUACCACCCAGGUCGGCCGGAUUGGCCACGAGUGGUUCACCCAGCUGGUGAAGUCCACGGAUGGAGGCCAUGCUGGUAGAGUGCCGGAAGGAGGCCAAGGCUACCUUUGAGAAGGCGGAGAAGUCGGAGGAGAAGCUGGUCGAGCAUUGCGCGGCCUACCGCAAGCUUUAUGCUAAGCAUGAAGGAUUGAUGAAGGCUGGAAAGGAGGCCGACGAGCAAGCUCAAGAGAAGAUCCAACGACUUGAGGCUGAGAACGCCCGGUCGGCUGAAGAGAUAGCCCAGCUUGAGGAUGAGCUGGCAAAGGAGCGUGUAGAGCGAGCUGCCCUUGCUGCUACCUGGGCCACUCAAGAGCCGGAAGAUUUCGCUGCUCGAGCUCUGCCUGACCGGGAGAGAGCCAUCCGCUUCUUCCAAGGUCUAUACAAGCACAAAAUCUCGGCCGGGAUUGUGGAUGAGAUUGGAACCUUUGGCUUCGAUAGCGGUCAGUACGAUGAGCGUCGGGCACUCUACGGUAUCCUCGAGCAGCGAAUCAAAGGAUUUCAGCCCAAGGCUCUCUCUCUGCCCGAGCUUCACGACGAGGCACCGGUUCUGCCUUUCCCCGGGAUCUGAUUUCCCGGCCUUCUUCUCUUGUAAUUUUUUGUUUUUGGAUGUAAUGAUAUGCCACCGGGCACUUUUUUGUAAGACUUUUACAAUAUUAAUGCUAGCUUCUGUCUUCAUAUCGUGUGCUGAGUGCUUGAAAUGUUUAUUCUUUCCAACGUAAAAAUGUUAACCGUGCAAAUUAGUAAGUAGCAGCCGGGCAACAAUUACUCGGUCAAAUAUACAGUUUUAACCCAG